AUGGCCGAGCAGAGGGAGGAGAGGACGAGGAGUCCCAGCAGCCUGGACAGCGCCUGGAAGAAGAGGAGGAUGAUGGGAGCCCAGAGGAGGAAGCCGGUGGCGCUCACCGACACCCCCGAGGCCAGCCCGGGUUUCACACCUGUACCUGUUCACAGCUCCAGCCUCAGACUGUGGACUCUCAGUAAACACUGGCAGUUAGUCAUUAACACAGCAGAACCGGAGCAAACCAUCGUCUCUGUCCGCGGCUUCGAUUCGUCACACACACUGGGUAAAUACACUCAGACCGUCUGCUCCCGUCUGAUUGGCUGCAGGUGCGAUCGAGGUCAUGUCCCGCCUCGUCCUGUGUGUGUCCGUCACCGUGGCUCUGUGGUCGGCGUCGGUCUUCAGCCUGUCAGGCGGCUGCGUGAAAUAAAAACUGACGCUGCGGUCUGUCUCUGCUCAGUGUUCUCGGACCCCCCGGAGGCCCAUAUGCUGCUCCGCUCUCGGCGGGCCAACUCCUUCCUGGAGGAGCUGAAACCUGCGUCCAUGGAGCGCGAAUGUGUGGAGGAAAAAUGCGACUUUGAAGAAGCCAGAGAGAUUUUUCAAACCAGGGAAGCUACACUGGAGUUCUGGACAGUGUACACAGAUGGGAACCAGUGUCACUCCAACCUGUGCGUUCACGGAGCCUGUGUGGAUCAGUACCAAGGUUACGCCUGCCUCUGUAACCGUGGAUACGAGGGAAAAUACUGCGACCAACCUCAAACAGCCACUAACUGCUCUGUGAACAACGGCGGCUGCGACCACGACUGUCGGGAGAGCGAGGACGGCCUGACGAGGAGCUGCAGCUGUGUGAAGGGAUACCAGCUGCACGUCAACGCCAGGAAGUGUGAACCCAAAGGUCCGUCGUCCUGCGGUCAGCUGCUGAUCGGCAGGUCGUCGUACACCAAACCCAUGGACGGCCUGCUGCCUUGGAUGGUGGGAGGGGAGGUGGGAAAGAAGGGGGAGAGUCCCUGGCAGGUGCUGUUACUGAACGCUAGAGGGCGCUUUCACUGCGGCGGCGUCCUCAUCGAUGAGAGCUGGGUCCUGACCGCCGCCCACUGCCUCGACAGCAGCCUGAGAUUCAGAGUGCGACUGGGUGACUAUGAGCGUCUCAGAGAUGAAGGUACCGAGGUGACCCUGAGGGUGGUCCAAACCUUCAAACACCCGAACUACGACAGCAGGACUGUGGACAACGACAUCGCCCUGCUGCGUCUGGAGACGCCCGCCCCCUUCUCUGACUACGUUGUCCCCGUUUGUCUGCCGAGUCGCAAAAUGGCCGAGCGGGUGCUGCACCUGAACGGCACGCGCACCGUGGUGACCGGCUGGGGCAAAGACGACCUGGACAGCACCCAGUUCAGCUCGGCGCUCAACGUCAUCAAAGUCCCGCUGGUCAGCCGCGACGUCUGCGCCCGCCAGAUGUCCCACAACAUCUCCGAUAACGUCCUCUGCGCCGGGAUCCUCGGACAGAGGAUGGACGCCUGCGAGGGGGACAGCGGCGGACCGAUGGUCACCCUGUACCGCGACACCUGGUUCCUGAUCGGCCUGGUGUCCUGGGGCGAGGGCUGCGGCAGGGAGGACAAGCUGGGCAUCUACACCAAGGUGUCCAACUACAACGAGUGGAUCAGCAGCGUGCGUGAAGAAUGGGACAGAGGUCAACAUCCACGAGGACCCCCAAGCGUAUGA